AGACGAGGCGAGGCGAGGCGGGACGGGUUCGCGACGCGACGCCACUCCGGCUGUCCUCCGGACUCCUGGGCGCCCCCGGGGGGUGGCCAUGUCCGGAGCCAUGAAGUUCAACGGCUACCUGAAGGUGCGCAUCGGCGAGGCGGUGGGGCUGCAGCCCACCCGUUGGUCCCUCCGCCACUCGCUGUUCCGUAAGGGCUACCAGCUGCUGGACCCCUACGUGACGGUCAGCGUGGACCAGGUGCGCGUCGGGCAGACCAGCACCAAGCAGAAGACCAACAAGCCCACGUACAACGAGGAGUUCUCCGCCACGGUGACCGACGGCCAUCAGAUCGAGCUGUCCGUCUUCCACGACACCCCCAUCGGCUACGAUGACUUCGUGGCCAACUGCACCUUGCACUUCCAGGACCUCCUGCGCUCGGCGGGCCCCGGCGACAGCUUCGAGGGCUGGGUGGAUUUGGAACCAGAAGGGAAAGUGUUUGUCGUCAUUACUCUUACCGGCAGCUUCACAGAAGGGACCCUCCAGAGGGAUCGCAUUUUUAAGAACCUCACUCGGAAGCGCCAGCGGGCCAUGCGGAGGCGAGUGCAUCAGGUGAACGGGCACAAAUUCAUGGCUACCUACCUGCGACAGCCAACCUACUGCUCACACUGCAAGGAGUUCAUCUGGGGUGUGUUUGGGAAGCAGGGAUACCAGUGCCAAGUAUGCACCUGUGUUGUACACAAGCGCUGCCAUCAUCUAAUUGUUACAGCUUGCACGUGCCAGAACAAUACUAACAAGAACGAUCUCAAGGUGACUGAACAGAGGUUUGGCAUCAACAUCCCUCAUAAGUUCAGUGUCCACAACUACAAAGUCCCGACGUUCUGUGACCACUGCGGUUCCUUGCUCUGGGGAAUUAUGCGACAAGGCCUACAGUGUAAAAUCUGUAAAAUGAACGUCCACAUCCGAUGUCAAGCAAAUGUUGCACCAAACUGUGGGGUGAACUCAGCAGAGCUUGCUAAAACCUUGGCAUGCAUGGGCCUGCAACCAGGAAGCAUUUCCCCAAAUUCGAAACUGACUUCAAGAUCUUCUUUGAGACAUCAAGGAAAAGGCAGCUUGAAAGAUAACAAUGGGGUUAGUGAAAGUUCGGCAAGCAAACUUGGGAUCACAGACCUGACCUUCCUUCGUGUAUUGGGAAAGGGCAGUUUUGGAAAGGUGAUGCUUGCCAAGAUGAAAGAGAGUGGGCAGCUCUAUGCAGUGAAGGUGCUGAAGAAGGACGUCAUUCUCCAAGAUGACGAUGUUGAGUGCACCAUGACCGAGAAACGCAUCCUCUCCUUAGCAAGGAAUCACCCAUUCCUCACCAAGCUCUACUGUUGCUUUCAGACUCCUGAUCGCCUGUUCUUUGUGAUGGAGUUCGUAAACGGCGGGGACCUGAUGUUCCAUAUUCAGAAGUCACGUCGCUUCGAUGAAGAUCGGGCCCGGUUCUAUGCUGCAGAAAUUAUUUCAGCCCUUAUGUUUCUCCAUGAAAGAGGCAUCAUUUAUCGGGACUUGAAACUGGACAAUGUGCUGCUGGACCAUGAGGGACACUGCAAGCUGGCAGACUUCGGGAUGUGCAAGGAGGGCAUUCACGAUGGCAUUACCACAGCUACCUUCUGCGGUACACCAGACUACAUUGCUCCAGAGAUUCUGCAAGAGAUGCUGUAUGGCCCUGAUGUUGACUGGUGGGCCAUGGGUGUGCUGCUGUACGAGAUGCUGUGUGGCCACGCGCCCUUCGAGGCAGAGAAUGAGGACGACCUCUUUGAGGCCAUUCUGAAUGAUGAAGUUGUCUACCCAACAUGGCUCCAGCAGGAUGCAGUGGCAAUCCUCAAAGCAUUCAUGACGAAGAACCCCAGCAUGCGGCUGGGCAGCACGGCACUGGGUGGUGAGAGCGCGAUCCUACGGCACCCCUACUUCAAAGAGCUGGACUGGGAGCUGCUGAACCAGCGCCAGAUGGAGCCACCGUUCAGACCCCGAAUUAAAUCCAAAGAUGACGUGAGCAACUUUGACCCCGAUUUUAUAAAAGAGGAGCCCAUUCUGACUCCCAUUGAAGAAGGAAUUCUUCCGAUGAUAAACCAGGAUGAAUUUAGAAACUUUUCAUUCACAAGCCCAGAACUGCAGCAAUAGCUCCAACUCUGAGGAAAGGCUGCUUAGAGGACUGGGGGGAAUGAAAUGAAAACCAGGUUUACCAGAAAUUUCAUUCUCAAGGAGUAACAGUGCACUGAUUUUACAUGAUACAGCAGCACCACCGUCGUUACCUUAAUGUGAAAUCGAAACCUUCCUGUGUUUGUAGGAUUUAUUCAGCUCUUGGAUCAAAUAUUGACAGGGUGGAACAAAUGUGAUAUUGUAAAUAGCUGCUGCAGACGGAGCAUUGGAUGCUGAGCUAGUUGGCUCAGCCUGAAUGUCAUCGCUUGCAGCGAAGUCGAGGAGUUGACAUGAGCACGAAACAAGUGUCUUGCAGCUCUGAGCCAAACAGACUUGUAAUAAUUCUGAUUUUUUGCAAGGCUGUUUUGUGGAGUCCCAGCACUGUCCAGCGUUUGAGAGCCAUGAUCCAGCAUCCCGUGGCCUGACUGAACCAGAUAUUCCUGCUGACUUUACCCGUUUCUGAAGUAUUUAUUUCUUUCCGAAGGACAAAUGACUCUCUUUGUCGCUGUUUGGGUUUGCAAAUGAAAUAUUUCAUUGUGCUGACUGGCAGAAGGAAAAAAACAAGUGCCCUGUGCCCACACAGAUUCUUCCAAAUCAAAGGGAAGUCACGUGCUCGUUGUGUUUUACUGUUUGUGCCAUAUGAAAAGUUUCAGUGUUGCAUUCUGUGAAAUGCCUUUUUACAUCAUGCAUCUUCAAUGCUCCAUUCUUUGCCUCCCCGCUGUUUUCAACUAUAAUGUAACCAGUAAAGCCUUACUGUUUAUUUAGGCCCACUCUAUUUAAUUAUGCUAUACAGAGCCCCUUUUGUGGGUUUAGUGCCUCAUUAAAAUUUUGAUCCGAA